UGUAAACUUUAUUCUUUAGAUCGCGCAGUUUGUAAAUGUAAAAGUAAAAUUCGUAAGUCACAAUCUGUUACACAUUCAUAAUAAAUGUUGUGAAUUAUUAUUAGUGUUAAUUAUUUAUCAUUUUCUUCUAUCUAUGUAGUUCGAUGCAAAUUACAAAAGUUAAUAUUAUAAAUUGGAAUAAUGAUUUUAAAAUUAUAUUUCCUAAAUUUAAUUUAAUAUCAACGAUUCUCAUGUAUGAUCGUCAACGAGAAAAUUAAUUAACAUCAAUAUGCGUAGCUUAGUAUGAUACUGUGGCAGAUUUUUUGCAUACUAUAUGGAUUUCAAACAGUGUGGAGUUUUUCUGCCAGCCAAGCUCCUGGUGACAUCACGGUCAUGUUCAUAAGUCCAACCACUGUCAAAGUAUCUUGGAAAAUAUCACUAAUAGGUAUUGAAAAAUAUGACGUCAUGUACAAACCAACCAACGCCAGUUACAAGGUAGUAGCGGAGAUAGCGGUCAACUCUGAUUCCGUGACACUCGGUAACUUGAUGCCAAAUACACAAUAUCAAGUAACUGUGACAGCGUUCAAAGCAGGUCGCCGAUUUCGGAGUAGACCAGUUAUAUUUAAAACACUUGAUAAAGGUGUUUCGUGGCCAGAUAUUCGUCAUUCACAAAUGAAUUCUAGUGGUGAUGUAGAUAUAUCGCCACCUGAUGUUGUAGGUGGUGUUGGACAUUCAGUACCACCAGAAGGCCCUACUUCCCCUCCCUAUGUACAGGUGCGAGGAAUAGAAAUUACUAUUGUAGUGCUCGUCUUAAUGGUCUGGGUCGGUGCUAUAAUAAUGUUUUUCAACCGCUGGGGUAAAAUAAGGAUGCUUAUACCAUAUCAACCAGACUAUAAAGACACACAACUCAAAGUGCCCGGAACAGGUGCAUGCAAUACAACCAAUUCGUGCCAAAAUCAAACGGGACCAAGUUUUUGCUGUUCGCAGAGGCACCUGAUGCGCUGCGGCCUGGCCGACCCGCUGGACUGGCGCGUCCGGAACCUGUUGCGGUCCCGGUCCCGCGUCAACUCGGCCAUCUACAUCAGUCCCAUCUACCAGGACGCGCACAUCCGAAACGGCAUAUCGGUGAGGCCGAUACGGAAGGCCCAGAGCGCGGACUUCCUGCCCAAGUACGACUACAGCGGCUGGGCCAACUACCAGCAGUUCUCGUUGCCACUGGCUUCCGGCGGAGGCGGCGGUGGCGUCGGCGUCUGUACCGGCGGCGGCGUCUGUGCCGGCGGCGUCUGUACCGGAGGCGUCUGUGCCGGCACCGUCGACAGUACCGUUCACCAGCGGCAUAUCAAACGGUUCCAACUGCCCACCGUUUCCAUAUCCAUCGCGUCCGACUCGGAUAAGGCGCUCAACGAACUGCUCAUCUAAAAUACGUACCUACCGUGGUUUUCCGGCACCUUAGGUCAUCGCUUCUCUAUUAUUAUUAUAAUCGUCGUAUAGAUUGUUUCGAUACGCAUCGCACCCGCGAGGUUCCCAUAAAACGUUUCACGGCAACUACGUUUUUUCCGUCGUGCUAUACGAAAUAAUAUCAUUAUAAUAUCACGUUAGUUCAUAGACCCAAAUAACGAAAAAGGCUUGGUAUUCACCUUGUCCCUCCCCCCAAAAAAAAAAAAUUAUUAUAAUAAAACUGAAAAUGUUACAUAUUUAUAAAUUUACGUAUCGGGUUAUUUUAACACCGGAAAAGCCUUAUCAAAGUCCUGUAUAACAGUAAAAUACUUCACCUACCUAAAUAAAACAAAAAAAAUAGAACACCAUUUGCGUCUAUGUACUGCGGUUAUCAUCUUAUAUUAUUUUGUUUCUUUCGUUUCGACGGUAAUCUGGGUAAAAAACAUAAUCUAAGUGACCGAUUGACGACCGAUUUCGUAUCGAAAGGUUAAUUCGCUGUAUAGUCCGAUCCUCUAUAGUACUAUACGUAUAAACAAAAUAAAAAUAUAUACGCACUGCUGUGUAUCGUGUAUUACAAUAUACCUGUAAGACCUAUGAGACUUUUCUGGCAUGAUAAUAGAUAAUAUUAUAUCGAUAAACGUACGAUAAAUAAUAUUACGUAAUGUAGUUAAGUACCUAAUGGAAUUAGUAUUCAGUACUUUUGUUGUCGUGUUCCAAAACAACGUAAGUAAUUAGAACAUUCCGUGUGUGAUAUCAAUAAAAGUAUCUAAUACAUGAUAUCAUAUUAAAAUGUUAUUUAAGUAUAUACAAUAGAUAUUCGAAUAGGUUGUAAGUAAACAUUAAAUAACUAAACUAUUAUUGAUUAUAAAUUAUAAAAAUGUUAUUUACAAUCAAUU